UGCUUAUAUCUAUAAAGCUCAUAUGUUCGAAAAUUACGAUCAGCUGCUUUGCAUUAUAGGUAUUAGGUAUAUAGUUGCAGACAAUACGAAAUGGACACACCAGCGCACUGCAAUUGGAUGCAACGAAAUCCUCGAAAUUGCUACGCGUGCAUAAUACGCGAUCAACGAAAUGUCAUUUAAAUCGACUGCUCGCCGAAGCUGAUUCAUUUUGUAAAGUAACAUUUUGCACAUCUGAUCGGAUUUAAGUCGAUGGUAUUGUGUAAGAAAAAUCGAGUCCUUGAAAGCAUAUAAACGCAGAGCUUUGACAUACUAGACGUACCACAUACACAUACACAGCGUAUACACCCAAGUGCGUGUACGGAAUGGAAUUUUACAUAACUCAUAAAAAUGUGUGUGCAAUAUAUAAAAUGAAUAGAUAACACCGAUCAAGCUAACAGACUUGAAACUAUGUGCAGGAAAUCGAGCCAUAACCUAUCGCUGUGAUACGUCAAAUACACUUCGUAUGGCCGCAUCAAGUGCAUGAUAAAAUAGUACUCAAGUUUUAACAAUGGUUGCCAAAAGUUAUUUACCUUACUACGCUGCUGGAAAAGUUAUAGCAGGUUUUGGUAGAGGGUCAAAGGCAUUAGGAUGUCCAACAGCUAAUUUACCAGAAGAAGUCAUUGAAGCACUACCAGCUGAAUUUGAAACUGGAAUUUAUUAUGGGUGGGCUUCUUUAGAAAAAUCAAUUUAUAAAAUGGUGAUGAGUAUUGGUUGGAAUCCUUUUUACAAAAAUGAAAAAAAAUCGAUGGAAGUACACUUACUCCAUGAAUUUGAAAAUGAUUUUUAUGGGAAGGAAUUGAAAGUUUUAGUAUUGGGAUAUGUCCGUCCAGAGCUUAAUUUUACUUCUGUUGAUGAACUUAUUACUGCUAUACACAGUGAUAUAGAUGUAGCUGCUAAAUCUUUGGAUGAACCACUAAUGGCAAAGUACAAAGAAGAUUCUUUUUUAUCUAGUUGAAAUUAAAAUUAGAUUAAGCAAAAUUCAAAAUUCUAUUUAUA